GCUGCUGCUUACAGAGCAUCAGCCCUGUGCAGAGGAAGUGCACACUUCUGUCAACACACACACACACACACCUACAAGAGCCAGAAGUGAGGACUUGUGGCUCCUGUCCCGGAAAACACACAAGAGGACACAGAAGUCAGAGACCAUGAUCAAACGCAAACUGAGCUUCAAGUGGUUUGGUAGUCUCACCAGCCUCCGGCGGAAAUCAGACACCCAGAAGGACGAUGUCAAAGAGGUGUCCACCGACGAUAUGGGCAUGCAUCCACGGAGCCCGAGCUACGCCAGCUCCAGUGAAAAUUACACGCACAUGGGCACCAUGCCACGAAACCCGAAGAAGGACAAAAGCUUGAAGAAGAGCAAGUCCAAGGACAAGAACAACCUGAGUCAGAGUCAAAGCAUGAGACCUCUGCAGGACCAGGUCGUUGAUUCCCCACUUCUCAGCGUCCUCUCCGGGAAGGGCCUGGAGGUCCUGGAGAACCCCAUCCCAGAGGACAAGCCUGUUACUGGAACCAGAGAAAAUCCCAUUCAGAAUCGUGACCUUCCAGCUCCACCGACUGUGGAUGGACACUCAACAAUACUGGAAAGUGAAGAUCAGGAGCCGUUAGUCGACUCAUCUUGCUACAUGAGCAUGAAGGUGUUGCUACGUGAGGACGAGCUACGUGUUGAUCCACCAAAUACAUGUCUAGAAUCUUCACCAGAUCUAAGUGUGCCAGACAAAGAGCCAGACAUCCAGCCAGUGCUGCCCAAGAAGAGACAUAAAGAAGGAAACGCCUCCAUGAAGGAUGCUGAGGAGCUCCAGGUGGAAGGUCAUCUGAUUCAGUUACCUCUGAAACACGGCAGUCGGGUGGAGCAGAAGCAAGCAGUAGAGGAAGAGGCUAAAAUAGGACCAGACUGCAAACAAGACAGUCAGGAGGAGAAAGAGCCUAACAGACAGAUGAACACCAGAGACAACCAAGGAGAAUAUGUGGAAUUCUCCAAGGAGAAGUACCUGCUGGAGUCGCCCCCGGAGAAGCUCAGGAAGGAGCUGGAGGAGGAGCUCAAACUCAGUAGCAGUGACCUGCGGAGCCACGGCUGGUACCAUGGCCAUAUUCCACGAGAGGCUUCAGAAACUUUGGUUCUGCGUAGCGGAGACUUCCUCGUACGGGACUCCCUGUCGACCGUGGGUGACUAUGUCCUCACGUGUCGCUGGCAGCAGGAAGUCAUCCACUCUCGGAUCAGUAAAGUCCUGGUCAAAAGCGGGCAAACCAAAAUCCAGUACAUGCUGGAGCAUGAGAGCUUCGACUCUGUCCCCACGCUGGUCAGGCACCACGCUGGCACGGGACGACCCGUGUGCCCACGCACCGGAGCUCAGCUGCUGUGUCCCGUCAACCGCACGCUGCCUCUGAGGUACCUGGAGGCCACGUUUGCUUUGGCCGGUGGGAGACCGGGAUCUGCACAUUCACCUUCGACCCCGAGGGGGGCGCACAUCAAGAGACGAAGCGUUACUAUGACGGAUGGACUGACCACAGAAAAAAUUAUUCCUCACAGCCCUUCCACAGUGCACCAUAAGGAUGCCAUGAGGAACUGCGCCAUGAGCAUGGAUCAGAUCCAAGAGUACCGCUGCCCGCUGUCCCCUGUGGGGGAAACACCUCUGUCACCUGCCUACAGCUCCAUCUCCCGCCACAGACAUGGCUCAGGAGGGCGUGUCCUCGCCGUGAUCCCGCCUUCUCCGGUGAUGCGACGCUCCAGUGAUCCCCAUCUCUCGCCAUCCUCCUCCAAUAACAACCUUCCCUGCUCAGACGCGGCCCCCAGCACCCACUCCACGCCUGCCCACGGUUACCCAUCCGAGAGUUCAGAGCAGGGUGGCAGUUAUUGUGAGGUGAGACCCGGUCAAGCCUCCAUUCCUCCCUGCAAGAGCUACGUAGAGAGGCUGAGGGUGGAGGAGGGCCAAAGCCCGGGCUCUGGAGCCCCAGAUGGGAUGGAGGGCUUCAUGCUCCCCCUGGUGGAGACCAGCUCCUCCUUCCAGCCUGGGAAAUACCAGUCCACUCUUCUGCCAGCCGAGAAUAAACCUCUGGAGAUGAGCGUGUUGAAGAGGGUGAAGGAGCUGCUGGCGGAGGUGGAUCCCAAAACAGCAGCCAAGCACAUCACCAAGGCAGACUGCACGGUUGCUAGGAUACUGGGCGUUUCCAAGGAGAUGCAGAGGAUGAUGGGAGUGAGCUCGGGGCUGGAGCUGCUGACUCUUCCACAUGGACACCAGCUGAGACUGGAUCUGCUGGAGAGGUUUUACACCAUGUCUAUAAUGAUGGCGGUGGAUUUGUUGGGAUGUACGGGCAGCACAGAGGAGAGAGCCGCCCUCCUGCAUAAAACCAUCCAGCUGGCUGCUGAACUCAAGAGCAACAUGGGCAACAUGUUCGGCUUCGCUGCGGUCAUGAGAGCGCUGGAGCUGCCGCAGAUCUCACGGCUCGAGCAGACAUGGAUCACACUGCGACAGAGACACACAGAAGGUGCAAUCCUCUAUGAGAAGAAACUCAAGCCAUUCCUGAAGGCUAUGAAUGAUGGGAAAGAGACCUGUGUGCUGUCGAACACCUCUUUCCCUCCCGUGGUGCCGGUGUUGUCGCUGCUGGAGCGUGGUGUGGCGGCCGGAGAGGCGCUGGAGUCCUGGGAGAGCGUGGAGUCAGGAGUGGACGUGGUCAUGAGUCACCUGGAAGCAGCACGAACCAUCGCUCACCACGGAGGACUGUAUCGCACCAAUGCUGAGAGCAAACUACAGGAUUUCCAGGAGCGGAAGGAGGUGCUGGAAAUCUUCUGUACAGAGUUUCAGAUGAGGCUUUUAUGGGGCAGUCGUGGCUCUGAAGGAAACCAGGCCGAGCGCUAUGAGAAGUUUGACAAGGUCCUCACCGCUCUGUCCCACAAGCUAGAACCUUCUGUGCGACACAGUGAAUUAUAGCACCCCUGCACCCAAAAAUGGUAUGAUCCCUGACCUUCUUGUCACUCAUACUCCUGGACCAGACCAUGCUUUUUCAUGGAGGGGAGCUGCAAGGCGGAAAUUGAGAGCAUUGAUGGACUCACUUCGCAAAACAAGGCACAAAAGGGGACAAGCUUUAUGCGAGCAUGAUAGCACCCCCUAAAGAACACAGUCGUGAACUGCAGCAAUGGAAUGAAAUCAAAAUCUAAAGCCAAAAUCCCUUUUUCAGUGGUGACCAAGGGCACUUCCUUUUCAAAAAGAGAGAAUGGGAUGAAGUGCAAGUUGACUUGAACCCUAAUGGGUCUGAAUCCUGUUUUAUGUGAAUCCAUAAUUUAGUUUCCAAUAGCUUUUAUGUCGGCAAAGCAAAGAUGUCUUGCAGAGGUGACGCAUCUCUUUACUGGAGAUGAGACUGCAUUGACGUUACAUGGUCACAAUUUAUUGCUGGAAUAGACUGAACACACACUCACCUUUCAAAUGUCUGAAUGUAAGUUGCCAAACCAUGAAUUCAAACAGAUGUCUGCUGGAUAAAGAGUCUUAUUUUUAUGCUUUUAUGCUUUUUUUUUUUUUGGUUCACUUCUGUGUUGUUGUUUUUUCGGUGUGGUCAUGGCUUUAUCGAUAGAAAUGGAGUCGAAAGUUACUGUGAGGAAUUGGGCCUUCAUUUUUAAUGAGUUUGUAACAGAUGCUCACAUUCACACUCUCUCCGGGUCUGACAGCAGCGCUUCUCAGAGCGCUUUGGUGUCUGUAUGUGUUAGAGAAGAAGUGUAAGAUAGAGGACAUGCUGUUUUCUUUCCUCUCUUUCUGUCAUUCUGGGUUUUUUAUUUUUGUCUGAAUGGGUCAUAUCAUUAGGAAUGAGACUUUCCUUUUUUUGUCAUUACAGAGUUUAUUAUUUAACUAUCAGAAUUUAAAAAUCCAGAGUAAAAACGAAAAUGCACUUAUUGAAACCUGGCAGAACAAGCUCAUUAACAUAUAACUACCCACUUCACACAUCAACAUCACAUAUUGGGUGUGCAGUCAUUCUCCUAAAACCCAGAAGAACUCACGAUAAGAGUAAAAUUGUAAAAGUGGUGAAAUCCACCACAUUUUGUGCUGUUUUGGGCUGUGUGUAGCACCUACUGCUCUGCGGAUUCCUCGAAAGGAUCCCAGUGUUGGAAACAAGUUCAUUUUCAGCGCAAAUUGUUUUAUGGAGAAGUUACAUGGGACAGCGCAAACUAUAUUAGCAACCCCCACAGCUCAUGUGUUUCUCAUUUCACGUGCAAUGAGGGCAUUUGCAUGAAGUCUUAAAGGCACAGCAGCACAAAAACAGACGGUUUACUUCCAACAUCAGAAAGAGGGUGGAAACUGACAUGAACAACUAAAUUAGCAUCAUUUGGACUUUAAAAUGAAAAUCAUAAUAUGACCACUUUAAUAUCUUUCGUGACAGACCAUGCUUGUCAGUAUGGCCAUGGCAAUGAGGUUUAGCUGAUACGUAAAUUCUCAAUGAGACUGAAUCACAAAGAAUGACAGUUUGAAUUAAAUUAUUUAAGAGACCCAUAUAUGUCCUUUCCAGAUCAUAUAUCGCAAGUCAACAAAGACAUUUGAUUUUUCAUUCGAACAUUCAAAGUAAUAUUAUGGCAAUACGUUACAGACUAAUAUAGAGAGGAUCAUCGUGUAAGUGGUUUAUGCAUAUGCAUAUUGAUCAUAUUUAAGAUUAGGAGUUUCACUAAAACUCUCUAUUUUAAUGCAUAAAUCAUCCGUUUGUCAAACAGAUAUGAUGUAUACCUCAUGCAGUACAAAUCUGUUAAGGAGGGUGGGCUACAUUUCUAAGGUCUCAUACAUGCAUUUUUAACUUUGGUGGGUAAUAAAUCUCUUGAUUAAGGCCAGUAAGUAGCCAUCAACCACCCAAAACACCAUAGCAGCACCCCAGAAGCUGCAAAGCAACACUUUGACGUCUUGGCUGUCACUUUUGUAUGAGUACCAUUCCCAUUUUCAUGGAAAAACAAAGUUUAGAAGAGUUCAGCUAAUAAUAGCAAAAUGUCUAUUUAAUUGAAAUAGUCCAAUACUGUUUCAUAUCCUGGUAGAUUUAGCCAAACAAAACCCAAAGUCACAUACAUAUACCUCUAUCAACAGUGUAAACGUUCUACCCUUAUUUCUGGGUACCAUAAAGAGAAAGGUUGUAGGUAUCUGGUUCUAACGCGAUCUAUUGUGUAUCAUAUGCAGGCUGCUAUACUUCACACCCAGUCUAUCGAUGCAUAUUUCCAGGGAAUUUUCUGAAGGUAUUUUUUCAGGUAUUUUAAUAAAGGCACAUCUGAAAGUAGACGAUGCUGUUUGUCACAGAUAGGGGAGCAUUAUGGGAUGAAAAGUGGAUCAUAUGCAAUUUCACUUUUAGCCAGCAGAGUUUAGUAAGCUAAAAAAGAAUGAAUGGAAGUAAGUUUUGAACCUUUUGGAACUUUUUUUAAUGAGGCCUGCUGGUCUAGGACUGUAACUUGUAUUUGGUUUCUCUACUGUAAAGGUCAAUGUGUGACUAUUUUGUUUUGUAAAUAGCUAUCCCUAAACGGUUGAUGAUAUACGAGGUGGACGAGGUCACGUGAUUGCAUCCUCUUAUUAUGUGCUGUACAUACUGGUAUGUCAUAUGUUUUGCACUCUUUUUUCAGAAAAUAAAAUACAGUAAGCUUG